AACGAAGGGGCGAUGUGCGCCCCGCCGUCAGUGAGCAUCUCGUUCAGCAGCCGAUGAGGAGGAGGAGGAGGCAGCGGCGGGCCUUUAUCUCGAUGUCACACCGGCGGCGUUUCCUCCAUCCGAUGUGAACGCACACCCCGGGCCGGUUUUCCUGCACGUUCAUGUGUCAUCUGGCGGCGGUCCGUCCUGACAAUGCGUCCCGCUCCUCUCGGCGCGGCGCGCUGCUGCCGCCUGUGGCUGUGUCUCGUGCUCCUCCGCCGCUGCGCCGAGGCUGCAGACUCCGUGGAGGAGGAGGAGGAUGGUGAUGGUGAGGGAUUCAGUCAGCAGGACUCACUGAAGAGGAUCCUCCAACAUGUACAGAGUUAUGAGAUCACUUAUCCCAUAUGGCUGCAUCCUCACAGAAACGGGAGUUCUGGCAACAGAGCGCAUCCUGCGGAGACACAGGUUCUGAUCGCAGCCGAGGGCCAGGAGCUCAGACUACACCUGGAGAAAAACCAGCAGCUGUUGGCCCGUGGAUAUCAGGAAAUAUGGUACACUCCUGAUGGAGCCCGCAAGUCCUCCUCUCCUGCCAACACUGGACACUGUUUCUACCACGGGGCGGUCCGGGGCUUCGAAGGUUCCAGCGUUGCUGUUAGCACAUGCUCCGGACUCAGAGGACUUAUUUCUCUGAACGCAAGCGUCAGCUACCUGAUAGAGCCUCUUCCUGCUUCCACGGAUGCUCAGCGGCACGCUGUGUUCAGAGCCGAGCGUCUCCAUCUACCCGGGGGUAGCUGCCUGCAUCACCAUGGCAACAUGGGCCAGGAGGAGCAGCUUGAUGAAUUCAUCCAUGGAAUGAUGUCACCGCGGAGCGUGAGGGAAAAAAGGGACCUGAGUAAAAACAUGAAGUACGUCGAGCUGCUGAUCGUGGCAGACAAGGCCGAGUUUGAGAAGCAUGGGAGUAGUCUCGAGAAGACCAAAGUGAAACUACUGGAAGCUGCUAACUUGGUCGACAAGUACUACAAGGCUUUGAACAUCCGAGUGGCAUUAAUCGGUCUGGAGGUGUGGACCAGCCAGGACUUGAUCAGCGUGUCGGAUAACCCGCACAGCACUCUGGCUGCGUUCCUGUCCUGGAGACGCAAACAGCUCCGUGUGCUCCCCAACGACAACGCUCAGCUCAUCACGGGGAAAUCAUUCCAGGGCACCACCAUUGGGCUGGCACCUCUCAAAGCCAUGUGCUCCGACUACCAGUCUGGUGGCGUGAACACGGACCACUCAGAGUCAGCGGUGGGCGUCGCCGCCACCAUGGCGCACGAGAUGGGUCACAACUUCGGCAUGAGCCAUGACAGUGCAGGCUGCUGUCAGGCGAGAGCAGAAGACGGGGGCUGCAUCAUGGCUGCUGCCACGGGGCACCCGUUUCCCCGCGUGUUUAAUGGCUGCAACGAGAAGGAGCUAAAGAGCUACCUGAGCUCCGGGGGAGGGAAGUGUCUCUUCAACCUGCCCAACACCAGAGCCAUGUAUGGAGGGCAGCGCUGCGGCAACGGCUACCUGGAGGACGGAGAAGAAUGUGACUGUGGAGAGGAAGAGGAGUGCACCAGUCCCUGCUGUAAUGCCAGCAACUGCACUCUGAAAGCCGGAGCUGAGUGCGCCCACGGCAUCUGCUGUGAUAACUGCAAGUUGAAGAGCCCCGGUGUGCUGUGCCGCGCUCCCUCGGGAGCCUGCGACCUGCCAGAGUACUGCGACGGGAAGGCAGAGUCUUGUCCCGCUAAUUUCUAUUUGGUGGACGGAACAACAUGUGCAGGCCGCCAGGCCUACUGCUACACGGGCAUGUGUCUGACCCUGGAGCAGCAGUGUCUGUCCCUGUGGGGACGAGAUGGCCGUCCGGCCCCUGACCUGUGUUUCAAGAAGGUCAACGAAGCAGGGGACAUGUACGGGAACUGUGGCAAAGAUCAGCUUGGGAAAUACAGGAGCUGUAAGGACAGCAGGGAUGCCAAAUGUGGGAAGAUCCAGUGUUUAACUUCGGCUUCGAAGCCCAUUGAGAACAACGCAGUUUGCAUAGAAACCACGGUCACUGUGGGCAACAAGAGGAUCCAGUGUAUGGGAACACAUGUGUACAAGCAUGGGGCCGAGGAGGUACAGGGUGACACCCUGGACCCGGGCCUGGUCAUGACGGGCACCAAGUGUGACGACGACUCGAUUUGCUUUAAUGGAGAGUGCCGCAAUGCAUCAUUCCUCCGAGCUGAUGAGUGCAAUGCCAAGUGCCACGGACACGGGCUGUGUAACAACAACCAUAACUGCCACUGUGACCCGGGCUGGGCUCCUCCGCUGUGUGACCAGACGGGCUCAGGUGGGAGUGUGGACAGUGGACCCGUCAUCAGCCACAGCAAUCUCCUUCCAGUCCUGCUGGUCCUCCCUCUGGUUCUCUUUGUGCUUUUGGCUGCUGUUGGACUCUGGUGCUGCUACAGGCAUAAGCUCCGCCCACUGAAAACUUCAGCUCCGCCUCCGGUUCCAACCUGUUCAGUCCCGGUGGAGAGCAGACCUUUGCAUGCUGACGGCCAUGUGAACGGCCACACCAACCCCACGUUCUUGCUGAAGAAACAGCAGUCAGAGCUCCUGGUGAAGUCGUCGACCUCGAGUCCGUCUUCCUCCACGCGUCCCAGACACGCUAUUGUGCGUCCGGCAGUGAAGCCUCCUCUCGUACCUUUUCGGUUUGCUGCGGAGCAGAAACAGCAGACGCCUGAGCCUCAGGUCCAACCCGUGUCUUCUCCUGAGAGACGUUGCUCUCCUCAGGCUCGCACUCCCCCUCCUCUUAGAUCUGCGCUGCUGCCCAAGCAGAGACAAACCUGGGCUCCUCCGCCACCUGCAGGACCCCCACCUUUACCUUCCCAGGACCCUAAAAGUCGCUCACGGCCUUCGGCGGUACCCAAACCCCGACCGGACCCUCCUAACAGACCUCCACCACCUUGUCCUGUCAACAGACCAUCAGUGGAACAACAACAUGUGAAAGGCGUGCAGGUCACCUCUGCUUUGGCUCCAUCUGCUGGACAGAAAAAGACAAACAGAUCCUAAACUAAGAUCUCAGGGAGACAUCGGGGUCCACCACGUCCGUGCAGUGAUGGACUGCCUCAGUCUUUUCAGCGACUGGCCAGGACAAUGUGGCACGCUGUGCAUUACAGUAUAUUUAUAUGAUGUGAAAUGAGGGAAAAUGGUAGAAUUACAAGUUAUAAAACUUGUCAUAACGAGUAUGUUUUCAGUAUCCACAGCCUUUUUUUAAAUUUUAUUUUUGUUACUUGUGACUAUUGUCCCUGACGUUACUGGAAAUGUGAAAUUGUUCCCUGCGCGUGAGCAGUGUCGAAAACACUGCGCCAGUAGGGUUCAUCUCUCUAAAGCAAAGAAAAAUGAAUGUUUACAGUGUAGCCUACGUAUUAAAACACGAUGUCUCUCAAAGAGCACCUGCUGUAAGGGGAUAUCUUAUAUUAAGAAAAGAUGCCACGAGCGAAGUGCUUCCGCUUCUUAUGUGUGAAAAUGGGGACAGGUGAAAGUCCUACACGCAUGCUGUAUGUGUAUGCUUCUGCUGAGAGACACACGGUCUGAUGUAAAAUGCUAGAGGCUUGUCAGGUUGUUUUUUUUUGUAAUUUUGGUUUGAAUGAUUGUGUAUUGCUGUGAAGUUGCACUUUGAGCAAUCUUUUUACUAUUAAAUACCCCUGAGGGCAUUUUAAGAACCACUCACGGUCACUUUUCAAGCCUACAGGAGGUAUCCGUAGGUAUCACUAAGAUGACCGUCGGUACCCUGGUUAACUUUUUAUUUCUUACUUCUGUCACUGUUAGUCAGUGAUGAAGUUGCCUUUGACCAAAGCAACAUUUAAAAAAAAAAAAGAAUUAUAUAUAAGGAGCAGACACGAGCCAUAGUUUUAUGAACAUGUAAUCAGUUAAAAAUUGGCAAACUUGCUCCAUGAAGUUGAACAAUUGAAUGAGUUUCUCCCAAAGAUUUUACUGAAACUGUUUAGUGGGAGUUCCCUCGUGACCAAAAUACUAUGUGUGAGUGAGCAAGACUAUGUGACGUGACCUAAGCGAUAACUCUGGCAUUAUUUUUAGGUACUGUUGAAAACAGUGGUUCCUUUGACUGCUCAUGAGAUGACCUUGUUCUAUCUGUGAGACGGUAAAUAGAGUCUGUCGGCUGCCAUGUUUUACCUUCUUAUCAGACCUAUGCAAACUCAGGCCCCCCGAGCAACACUGUGUCUUCAACUGGAAUUUACAUGAACACAUGGACAAUUAAAAAUCUAAUGUCAUUUA